AAGGCAAUCAUGCUCAUUAACAUUAAUAUUAAUACUUACUAAUAUAACAAUGCAUGUAUAAUGUGCAAGACAAACCUUACCUAAAGGAAGAUUAGGAUCACUGUCUGGCUAUACCUGUAAUCAUUUUUCCUGCAACAUCCUAAAUGAGCCUGAUCACAGAUUAGGAAGGCACUACCUCCUUUGUGACUUGAUCUUUCUGUACCUAGACCUGAGCUGGUUAAUGGUAGGGAUCACUAGCAGGAUGAUAAUGAUCACUAGUGUGAUUACUAUCCCAUCUUCAGAGGGAUAGGCCUGCAUUUCCAGACCUGAACCUAGUGGGUGCCCAAGCCAACCAUCAGAAAUUCCAAGUUCUAUAUAUUGUGUCCGUGUCUUCGAGGUCCUCCUAAGUGAAGUUCUAUUGAAAAAAGGGUUGCCUCCGAGUUCUACUCUCCCUUCCCCUUUGACCUGGGCUCUUCUUCGGUCCCCGAGCAGGGGCAUCCUAUAUGAGAGAUAGUGUGGUAAUAGGAUAGGAAAGGUCAGCGUGAAAAGUCGAGGAUGACGCUGAGGUCGUGAGCCUGGCUGAAUUGGAGGGAAUUCGUUUAGAACAGUUGGGAAGAAGGGGCUUGGCUUUUGGAGGCAGGGGAGAGAAUGGGUUCUGUUUCGGACUGGUUGACUUUGAAGUGCCUACAAGACAUCUAAUCCAAAAUUAUCUGAAUAGAAACUCUCUAAAGCAUCUUCCAACAAUGGUUAUCUGAUGGCCUCCACUGGAGCACUUUCAGUGAUAGGAAGUUUGUUACAAAACAGUACAUUCCUGUUCAGGUUUUUUUUUUCCCUUUAGACAACUAUAAUCAUUAGGAACCUUUUCCUUUCACUGAUACUAAAAUCUUCCUUUCUGUCUUCUGCUCAUUGCUCCUAGUUUUGAACUUUGGAGCUCUACAAAGCUCUUUCCUCUGGAUGUACAAUACCCCUCUGACAUUCGCCUUUUUUAUCUGCCCCAAUCCUUUGGGACAAGGUCUGUCAUAUUCCUGUCUUUAGUUUCUUCUCUCUACAUCUCAGUGAUUCCCAUAUAUCAGCAUUUUGACUCUAUUUGUGGCAUAUCCUCUGGGCUUAUUGCACUGCAAAUGUGGGUGACCAGAGAUCGACUAUUUCUCCUGUAAGGGAUUUAACUAGAGGUAAUUUGUGGCUUCUAAUACUAUCACUGAUGGGUUGCACCCACCCUCAAUGAUAAUAUGAUUAUGUUCAACAAACCAUUAUGAAUGAUGGGUAAGAGGACCUGGGAGAGGCUAGACAUAUAAUGGACACCUUACAUUUUUCUGCAUCCUCUCCUUCCUUCCUACGCUUUCUGGAUACACUAAAUAAUAAUCUGUCUUCCCUUCUGCAAACCACACAGUGUUUCCUGUACUUGCUGCUAUAAUAUCUAUGUGCAUUCAUUUAUCGACCCCCCCAGAUGUCUAGAGCAAACUCUACCACCCUGUUCUAGUUGUGGGAGCUCAAGAUAGGUGGACAAGGUAAUCAGAGAGUGCCCUCUUAUAUUCUUGCUGAGGAAGGCCUCCUCUGUGUGGGCACAGGGAGAAUGGAGAGUAAUGUGGAGACCUGAGAAAGAUUUCCCCAAGGGGAUAAAAGCUGGAACUGGGAGGGCUGAGAGGUUGUGCAUGAGGUUGGUGCCCAUGCCUUCCUGCCUUUCUACCACAUUGGAGCAGGUUAAGAAAAGAAAUGAGCUGGAUAGUUCAGUGGAUUGAGAGCCAGGCCUAGAGAUGGGAGGUCCUAGGUUCAAAUCUAGCAUCAGCCACUUCCCAGCUGUGUGACCCUGCGCAAGUCACUUAACCCCCAUUGCCUAGCCCUUACCACUCUUCUGCCUUGGAGUCAAUACACAGCAUUGAUUCCAAGAUGGAAGGUAAGGGUUUAAAAAAAAAAUGACCUUUCAUACAGUCUUGCCUUUAAAAAGAACUUCAGCUGGUAAGUGCAAUAUCAAUCAUUGUCAAAGGUGCAAACCCCCGUUCCAGCCCAGAUAAAUGUGUAUUUAGCAGAUGGGUGAGGGAAGGGGACUCCUUUCCUUUUUUGUUAAAAAAAUUUUUUUAAGUCAUUUUAUUUUCCCAAAUACACGUUGAGGGGACCCCUUUUCCUAAGGCAGCAUUGGUGAAGGUUUUCAAGUUCGAGUGCCCAAACUGCAACUUCAAGCUGCCUGUGAGCCCCCCAAAUUACCCCAAAGAGUGGAGGAAGUGCUCCCUUUGGAUGGCUGGACAGAGCCGGGGGCAAACAAAAAACAAUGUCCUGCGUUGCUGGACAGCGGGGGAAUGGAGCCGCUCCCCCAGAAGCGGGACACAAGGGCAAAUACUUCCGCCAACACUGCCCUAUGGCAUAGUGGAAUUUAAAAUGAAGACGAGCCAAGGCAACUUCACCCAGCUUUCCAGUGAUAUUGAAAGUGAAGCCUUUGAGUCAAGCUUUUAACUAAAAGCCCUUCAGUCGUUCAAUUAUCCCAGCUGCCAGAGAGCGAUAAGCAGGGGAUGCUUUGCCUUCCCUCCCAUUCCUGGGGAAAAGCCGCACAAAACGAGCUUCCGAGGUCAGUGGAGCUAUAAUCAAACCCCCCACGGAGGUGAUUCUGGAGGGAUCGGACAGUGGCUUGUGUUUGCGCUUUUGCCGUUGUAGUCGCUCAGUAAGUACAGCGGAGGAGGUGAAUCUCUAGUCAUAGGACUAGAGGACUUCUCCCUUUAAGGCAUUCUCUGUGAUGGCAUUGCCCGUUGGGGCACCUUCACACCCCGUGAAGUCUUUUCCCCACGAUCUCUAAUCGGCCGUGUCGCUGGUGACUGACAUUUGUAAUUCAGUAUAGUCCUGCGCCAGAGCCUGGUUCUCAUGCGGUGAUGGGGCGAUUUAACUCCCCCCUGGACCAUUUCAAGGGCGCGUCGCUUUGGGGGUCCUCAGAAAAGAGGGCUUGUUUGACUGCUGCAGACCACAGAUACGAAGCUUUGAACAAAAGACCAAGUCUACCCUCCAACCCCCUACUGAUGUCAUAGGACUGUGGAAGGAUCAGAAGACCACCUGGCAUUUGCUAUGUCUUGUUGGAGUUCUAAGUCCUUCCUGCCUUGAGUUGCAUGUUUCCUCAUGACCAGCACUACAUGGAGUAUGCCCUAACCAGAGAAAGUGUCACAGAACACCAAUAUAUUCUCCCAAUGAUGCACACAAGAUUGUGACUUUUGAAGCAUGAGAAGAACAAAACUACAGGAGACUCAGAAACAUUGUAAAGUGGGUUGUGUCUAGGCUGCAGCAUGUUACCAAAAGUGACUUUCUUAUGAGAGAUGGUAUAAAAAGGGCAUAUGGAAAUGAUGGGUAGCCAGAGGGAAGAUAACCAAUGACAGCAUUGAGGGAAAAAACACCAAAGUUUGUUGCAGGGUCUGGACUGAAGAAUGGGAGGAUCAAGAAUCAGUUCUUCCCUGGAGGUAUGAAAGUCUUUAAAGAAGAGGUUUAGGGUGAUGAUAUGACCUCAGGGAUGAUGAAGGGGUGAAUCAAGGUUUGCAUAUUUAUCGAAUAGUCCACCCCUAGGAAUUCUGGGGUGUUCAGGUAGACGUCUCACUAUGUUCCUGAAAUGCCCUUAUCUCCUUUGGGACUGUAGGGAGGGUACAAUAGAAUAUAAGACCAGUAUAAGCGAUUAAAAAUACACAACAGUACAAUAUUCAUGUAAAUACGGAACGGAACAUUACAAUACUAUUAAAACUGAUUAAUAAUAUACAACAGUUAAAUGCUUAGUAAUACAGAUUUUGUCAUUUAUGCUUGCUUAGGGCUAAUAAUACAGGUUUUGUGAUUUAUGCUUAACUAAAGUGCUAGCUGGUAAAAAAUACAAGAUCUCAAAAUAUGAGGGUCCCACUUCUUAACGCCCAUCUCUUUCAACAGUUUGGGUAAUCCCAAAGUAUCCAAAGUCCAAGGAAGGCGUCCAGAACAUUAAAGUCUGUGAUGGAGAAUUUAUGACAGUAGCAAAUUAACCUCUCGCAGCCUCAGUUUCUUCAACAACAAAAUGAGGACCAAAGAAAGCAACAAACAUUUCGGUGGAAGACCUUAGAAAGGAUAAGUUGGCCAGUUUUCUUCUGAAAUCCAUAGCUGAUCCAAUCGGAGUUGGGAGCUUUCUAAACACAAGCUCUAAAUUGACCUAAGCUUUCUGACAUCCUCGCCCUUCCUUUCCAGAAACUACAUUUCCCACAAUGCUCCUCAAGACCUUCCCCGCCGAUGGAUGAUUCCAAUUGGUCAGUGGGCUCCUCCCUUCCUUUAAUGCCGUUACCUCCCAUUGGCUGUGCUGGGGCCCAUGUGGUGGGGCGCCUGAGGCUGCUAUCCCCAGAUCAAGGACGAGGAGUUCACGGAGGCCAAGGCAGCUGGACCCCAAGACCUCUUCUGACUGCUGUGAAUAAAGAUCUGCAGCUUCCUGGAGGGAGCAGCAAUCCCGGAGGGCUUGCUGGAGGAGGCGAUCCAGGGGCCACAGAGGUGAAAGACAGCUUCUGUCACGUGUGUGAUUCCCCCCACCCACCCUCAGGUGAGCCGCAUGGAGUCCAAUCUUGAGGCUGUGAAUGUCGUGGUGCAGGAGUUGCAGUCCUUUCUGACCGUAGGUGCCCGGCCUGACAUCCAAGCAGAGGCAGCUCGACAUGUCUUGGGACUGACAGGGUCUGAAGCUGGACGGUCACUGCUGGCAGCACAGGCAGGACUGCUACAGGCAUUGGAAAAUCUCUUAGAGGCCCCCCCUGGGGCUGCGGCAGGAGCAGUGGGAGAUGCCUGGCGGGCCAUGGUGAACCUGUGUGCAGAACCCAGUGUUCAUGAGUCUCUGCUGGCCUCUCUGCCUGGGCUCCCUGUCCAUCUGCUAAACCAGGCUCUGGCCCCACACUGGCCCUGGGCCGGGGAGGCAGCAGCUGCACUGGCCAACCUGAGCCGAGAGUCAGGGCCCAUCCGGGAGCUGUUGGAGAAUGGCUUGGAGUCCAGUAACAAUGAGGAAAAUCAGGAGCCCAGCGUGGCCUGCAUUGUGUCCGCCUUGACCACCCCUGGUUAUAACCCCCAUGCCCCACUCCACUACCUGGCCCCAUUGCUCUCCAACCUCAGCCAACAACCGGGCGUCCGAGCCUUCCUGCUGGACCCAAAUAGGUGUCUGAUCCAGCGUCUCCUGCCCCUCAUCCAGUGCCCAGACUCUGCUGUCCGAAGGAUGGGGGUGGUGGGGACACUGAGGAACUGCUGCUUUGAGCACCGUUCCCAUGAGUGGCUCCUGGGGCCCCAAGUUGAGCUACUUCCCUUCUUGUUGAUGCCACUGGCUGGCCCAGAGGAGUUUUCUGAAGACGAAAUGGAUCGGUUACCAAUAGACCUGCAGUACCUGCCUCCAGACAAGGAACGUGAGUCAGAUGCUGACAUCCGAAAGAUGCUUAUUGAGACUAUUAUGCUGCUCACAGCUACAGCUCCUGGACGGAAGCUGGUACGAGAUCAAGGGGCCUACCUAGUGCUUCGGGAGCUGCAUAGCUGGGAACGUGACCCUGAUGUCCGGAUGGCUUGUGAGAAGCUCAUUCAGGUGCUGAUUGGGGAUGAGCCAGAGGCAGGCAUGGAAAACCUGCUAGAAGUGAGUGUCCCUCCAGAUGUAGAGCAAAGGUUGCAGCAACUGGACCAGCAAGAGCAGCAGCAGCUUCAGCAGGAGCGAGAAGAGGCAACCCAGACUGCUAGCAGGGAAAGGAAGCUGGAUGGCCUAGGCCCUAGCUGAUGUCUUCUUCCCAGACUGGGACCCCUGACCCUCCCUAUUUCUGCCAUGGCUGCUGACCGAAGUGAUCUUGUGACUGGUAGACACACUUGAGGUGCUCGAUAAACCAGCCUUAUUUUACUUUGGUCUUUCUUCAGCUGGGCAAGACCUGGACUGAAAGCCCCACUUCCCUACUACUACCACCUCCCUUCUUCAACUUGAAGAUGAGAAUCUGGUAAAGUAACUCCUGCCCCAAACUAGGGAUUCAGAAUGGACUGUGACCACUCUUGGGGUGCUUGUAGUUUGAGGAACUUGUAGUUGGGUGGGUGGUUAAGCAUUUAGUCUCCCUGAAUAAAGCUGUCCUAAUGGGUCUUCAGGCACAAGAUCAUUUGCUAGACCCAACUCAGAGACAUCCCGUUGUGCUUUUGAGAACUUGUAGUUGGUUAGUUUUUCCUUACCAGAAGCUAAAAUCUGUCCCUUUCUACCUUCUCACUAUGCUUAACUCUGUUCCCUCAAUGUGGGUCAAGUCUUUUCUCUGCAACACCACUUUGAAUAUUGAAAGACAGCUAUCAUCGUUACAAUCAUUGUCUGCCCUCUCCCAACCUGGUUUCUUCCACUGUCCUGGUGAACCUCCCCUUCACAGAUCUCAACUCAUUAGUGUCCUUUGUAAAAUGUCAUGGUUCUCAAAUUCUGAAUAUCAAGGGUGGUCAAGGAUAGGAGAGGACAAUAGGACCAUCACCUCCCUAGUGUUGAACACUGUGCCUUUAUCAUUACAGCAUUCCAUGUCAUAUUGUUGAUUUAUAUCUCCAAAUCUUUAGUACACACUCAGUUGGCUUAGAUCCAUUCGUCUUCCACCUCCCUCCUCCCUCUUCUGUGUGGUUGAUUUUUGAGCCCAAGUCUAGGAGUUUACAUUUAUUCCUAUUAAAUGUCAUGUUGAUUCA